AUGUUUGCCACCCGUGCCCUCGGCUUCAGGGCCGCUCGACCUCUCUUCGAGCCCAUUCCCACACUCGAGAUCUACGAUUCUGACAGGCCAAUGCCUGGAUUUGAUGUCGCCAGCACGUCUGACAAGUCUCCCGUUGAACCAGCUCAUACUAUCUCCCAACGUCUGCGAACACUCAAGAAGAUUCCCCCAGAGUUGAUCCCUCUCGGUGUCGUCCUUGGUGUUGCCAUUGGUGCCGCCAUCUACUCUAGCUCAAAGAAGCUGUUCGGUGACAAGACCCUCCGUCUCACCCGAUCGAAGCGUGAGGAUCACUAA